AUGGAGAUGAAGAACUGCUGCAUGGUGAAAGAGUUCAUCCUUUUGGGAAUCCCACACACAGAGGGGCUAGAGAUGACACUUUUUGUCUUAUUCUUGCCCUUCUAUGCCUGCACUCUACUGGGAAAUGUGUCUAUCCUUGUUGCUGUUAUGUCUUCUGCUCGCCUUCACACACCUAUGUAUUUCUUCCUGGGAAACUUGUCUGUGUUUGACAUGGGUUUCUCCUCAGUGACUUGUCCCAAAAUGCUGCUCUACCUUAUGGGGCUGAGCCGACUCAUCUCCUACAAAGACUGUGUCUGCCAGCUUUUCUUCUUCCAUUUCCUCGGGAGCAUUGAGUGCUUCUUGUAUACAGUGAUGGCCUAUGACCGCUUCACUGCCAUCUGUUAUCCUCUGCGAUACGCAGUCAUCAUGAACCCAAGGAUCUGUGUGGCCCUGGCUGUGGGCACGUGGCUGUUAGGGUGCAUUCACUCCAGUAUCUUGACUUCCCUCACCUUUGCCUUGCCAUACUGUGGUCCCAAUGAAGUGGAUCACUUCUUCUGUGACAUUCCAGCACUCUUGCCCUUGGCCUGUGCUGACACAUCCUUAGCCCGGAGGGUGAGCUUCACCAGCGUCGGCCUCGUAUCUCUUGUCUGCUUUCUCCUAAUUCUUUUAUCCUACACUAGAAUCAUGAUUUCUAUCUUAAGUAUUCAUACAACUGAGGGCCGUCGCCGUGCCUUCUCCACUUGCAGUGCUCACCUCAUUGCCAUCCUCUGUGCCUAUGGGCCCAUCAUCACUGUCUACCUGCAGCCCACACCCAACCCCAUGCUGGGAACCGUGGUACAAAUUCUCAUGAAUCUGGUAGGACCAAUGCUGAACCCUUUGAUCUAUACCUUGAGGAAUAAGGAAGUAAAAACAGCCCUGAAAACAAUAUUGCACAGGACAGGCCAUGUUCCUGAGAGUUAG